AUGUCCGACGCGAUUCGAACCGUCUCUCGAUGGGAGAAUAGCUCAAGCCCGAGCCCUGGUCGGGAUCCAACCCCCUCACCGCCACAUCCCCUCGCCACUCUUCCAGAAGAAUUAUUACGCGAAAUCUUUCUCCACUGUCUUCCGACCGUUGAAUUCAUUCGUCCCAGCCGCACAUCCGCUCCACUCCUUUUAUGUCAGGUUUGUUGCGCCUGGAGAGCCUCCGCGAUAGCCACGCCCGAACUAUGGGCCUCCAUCUCCGUCGGUUCGCACUUUGACAGGCUCGGGCGUUUUCCUCGAGUGGAACUGCUUGAGCUGUGGCUUGAGCGUGCAAAGAAUCGCCCGCUAUCGAUUUCGUAUGGCCAAUACGGUGUUGAGAGUGAGCUCCCAGCAUCCUCGGUUGGCCAUGGUUUGGCUGAAGAGGAGUUGACUAAUUUUUUUCGUAUCCUUUUCGGCCGCAUCGCGCGAUGGAAGUCACUCAGGCUGUGUCCCAGGGAAAUGGUUGAUGCUGUCUUACCAGCCAUCCCACAAUCUGGGGCACCGCUUCUCCAAAAGCUCUGUUUGUUCCUUCCCCAGUCUAUAAAAUACGAGGACUACGUACUUUUAAACUCUGCAGACCGGAGUCUUUGCAAUAUCUGGCGCGAUUCCGCACUCUUGGACACAUUCUCCCUCUUCGCACAUGAUCUCUACCUUGAUGGUGACGAGGACUCGCUGUGUAGAUUGCUUCAUAUACAAUGGGGCCAGCUCACAACCCUCACAAUCACUGCUUCACGAACUAUCGCUCAAUGCCUAGAGUUCCUCAAAGAAUGUCCCAACCUCGUGGAUUGCGUUUUCCAUUCUAUCUACGCAGACGACGACGACGAUAAUGAUAUUUUUUCCGCCCUAUACCCCUCAACCAUCCGCUGCACUAGUUUAAGAUCACUCUCCUUACGCUAUUCCGGGCCCGCCUCCGAUUUUAUUACAGAUCUUCUUUUCACAAACACGACAAUUCCCGCUCUCCGUCGACUUACCCUUUACGCCUUGCAACUUUUCUCGCUUCACCCAUUUGCGGCUUUUAUUCCCCGAUCUUCCUGUCACAUCGAGGAUCUCACCCUCUGUGGUGUCAUCAUAAACGAAGCUUGUCUUUUACUGUUUCUUGGAUUAGUUUCACCAACACUAGUCAGAUUGUGCAUCUGGCAUGGUGCUGCAGGAUCAAACCGCAUUCCGGUGAAAUACAUGUCAGAAUCCGUCUUGCACCGACUCACAAGAGACGAUUCGCAUUCGAGAUCACCCGUGAUUCUUUGUCCUAAACUCGAAAGCGUUGAUCUUGACUACCGCGCAGUAACAGCUCGAGACGGCCUGUUUGCCAAAAUGGUGUCCUCUCGGUUUGGCGUGGAGCAACAUGGGAUCACGGCACUGAAGAGCGUUAUCUUGAGGUUUGGUCGCAGCUUCGAUAUCUGUGCACUGAGGCAACUUGAGGACGAAGGUGUGAUUGAGGAGCUCGAGAUCUUCGGUGGAUAG